CGCCUCCCGGAAACGAAGAGGGCAGCCCUGCGCGUGCUUACUCGCAAGCAAGCUUCGCUAAGGCCUCUGGCGCAGCAACCUCUGGAUCCGGUCCCUUGGCGAGGCCGAGGCCUUCCCCCUUUUUCUUUUUGCGAGGCUCGCCGGAAGCCUGGGCUCCAGAAGCAGCUCCUCCUGCUCUUCCCCUGCCUCCGCCCCGCUAGGCCCUUUCGGGUGCCGGAAGAUCCGGGUCGCCGGGCGGCAGCAGGAAGUCGAGACGUGGCCGCCCUGCGGAGCAGCGGGGGGCGAGGCAGGCGAUGGCGGCCGCGGCGGCGCUGAGUUCCGAGCGGCUGGAGGUCUCUAUUGACGGCCUGACCCUGAGCCCGGAUUCGGAGGACGCCCGGCCGGGCCAGGCGGAGGCGAGGCCGCUGCUCGCCCCCGGGGGCCGCGGAGGAGGCCGGCCAGGGGCAGCCGGAGCCCAGCCGGGGCAGCAGCAGGAGGAGGAUGACGAGGACGGCGGCGGGGACAGCGACGGGGAGGUUGGCGGCGGCGGCGAUGGCGACGACGAUGGCGGGGUUCUGAGCCUGGAGCGGCGCUGGGGCUUCGGCCUGGAAGAGCUGUACGGCCUGGCGCUGCGCUUCUUCAAAGAAAAAGAUGGCAAAGCAUUUCAUCCAACAUACGAAGAAAAACUCAGACUUGUGGCACUGCAUAAGCAGGUUCUGCUGGGACCUUACAAUCCAGACACAUGUCCUGAAGUUGGAUUCUUUGAUGUCCUGGGGAAUGACAGAAGGAAAGAAUGGGCUGCCCUUGGAAACAUGGCAAAGCAAGACUCCAUGAUAGAGUUUGUAAAGCUACUAAAUAGGUGCUGCCAUCUCUUCUCAACAUACGUUACCUCCCAUAAAAUAGAGAAAGAAGAACAGGAAAAGAAAAGGAGGGAAGAGGAAGAACGUAGGCAACGUGAAGAAGAAGAACGAGAGCGUUUGCAAAAGGAGGAAGAGAAGCGCAGACGAGAAGAAGAGGAGAGGCUGAGAAGAGAAGAGGAAGAGAGGCGGCGGAUAGAAGAAGAGAGGCUCCGAAUGGAGCAGCAGAAACAGCAGAUCAUGGCAGCACUGAACUCUCAAACGGCUGUUCAGUUCCAACAGUAUGCAGCCCAGCAGUACCCAGGCAACUACGAGCAGCAGCAGGUCCUGAUUCGGCAACUUCAGGAGCAGCACUAUCAACAGUACAUGCAGCAACUUUAUCAGGUCCAGCUUGCACAGCAACAGGCAGCUUUACAAAAGCAGCAGGAAGCGGCAGCCACAGCGGGGACUUCAGUUACUUCUGUAUCAAAAGCAAGCCCACCUAACAUAGGGGAAAUCCCAUCGGUUAAUGGACAGGCUAGUGCACAUACAGACAGUCCUGAAAAAGACCCGGAAACUGACGCUUUAGAAGCAGCACUGGAGAAUGGACCAAAAGAAUCUGUUCCAGUCAUAGCAGCACCAUCCAUGUGGACACGACCCCAGAUUGCAGACUUCAAAGAGAAGAUCCGCCAGGAUGCAGACUCUGUGAUUACGGUUGGCAGAGGAGAAGUCGUGACCGUUCGUGUACCAACUCAUGAAGAGGGCUCUUAUCUCUUCUGGGAGUUUGCUACAGACAAUUAUGACAUUGGUUUUGGGGUAUAUUUUGAAUGGACAGACUCCCCUAACACAGCAGUCAGCGUACAUGUUAGUGAAUCCAGUGAGGACGAGGAAGAGGAGGAAGAAAACGCUAGUAGUGAAGAAAAAGCCAAAAAGAAUGCCAACAAGCCUCAACUAGAUGAAAUCGUGCCUGUGUACAGACGAGACUGUCAUGAAGAAGUGUACGCUGGCAGCCAUCAGUACCCAGGAAGAGGGGUCUAUCUCCUUAAAUUUGACAACUCCUAUUCAUUAUGGAGGUCAAAAACAGUUUACUACAGAGUCUAUUAUACUAGAUAAAGAUCAUCAUAUCGUGUUGGAGGCUGGGCAGAGGACGUCAUAUUGUUUGGAACUUCUGUCAAGCAUACUGGACUUUUUGACUCUGUUACCCUGUCUGAUGUAUAUCUGUAUGGCGUGUGUGUGUGUGAACUUGGAAACUGGGAGUUGAGGUUUCUUCUGAAGCUCAGUGUUAAUGCAGCUAGUGAGGUUAGGAUCUCCCCCCGCCCCCCGUCCUCUCUGCUGACCUGGUUACUUGCCAGAGCUUUCAGACAGAAGGUCAUGCAAAAUGACAUACAUGGACUUUUUAAAAACCCUCAAACUCUUAAACACACACACAAAGAGGAGGAGGAAAUGUUUCAUUGGGGGCAGUCGGUAUGAUGUUACCUGCCCUAGUAAGCAUUGACCGUUUAAAACAAACAAAAAAACCCUGUUAGUUGUUCAUUUGAGAGUAUCAGCCUUAUUUGUGGAGGGGGAGCCAGAUGCAAUCUGCACUGUAGCAAGCAAGUUUCUUAAAGCUGUAUUUGAAUGUCCAGAUUUUUACACCAUUAAACUUGAAACCUUUAGUGGAUGCAGUUUAGAAACUGAUUUGUCUUGUGUUCUCAUUCAAGAAGUUAUCUGGCACCUCUCUGGCCAAACAUCAUGCUGCUGGAUGAGACAUAGAAGGUAUGUAUGCGCGUGCAAGCAAAGAACAAGUCUGUAUGUACACAUCAGGGAAUUACUACUUUUUAACUGCAAAAUUUGGAGAAAAGUAACAAUUUAGGGCGCCAACUACACGAGACUUUGCUUCCCCAAUAUCUGCUGCAGAUCCUGAGACCAAGUUAUGUGCAGGAUUUUGACUUCUGAGCUGGAUCAUAAAUACCUUGACAUUUGGAUAAUCCUCCAGAAGCAUUCCUGUACAUAUCCCAUUCAAAUAAAGGAGUUUUCCCUUUGUGUGCAAUUUAUUGUUGAGUUGGUGAAAAGGCAGGUAUGUGUACAAGACGUUCUGUUGUUGUACUUAUCUCUUGCAAUCAUAUGGGUAGGCUUCAAAUUAGAACCAGUUAUCUGCACAGCUAUUCAGGUUCUUCUGGGGCCCUUCUUUGUAAACCCGAGUUGGCACUUUGUGCAUCUACAUAAUUAAAGAAUGUCUGAACUGUUGUAGGAAUUAAUGUUGCACUAAUGUUAUGGAAAUCACUGCCAGGAACACACUCAUUUUAGUUUUUAUUCAGGUUGCAUUUGUGCACUCAUUCUAGCACCCUUUAAUCCUAGUUGGUAAUUAUGUGUUGAAAAGAAAUGUAAGAUGUUCUUUCAGAUAAACAAGUUAGCUUUGUUCUAAUUUGCAUAGUGAGUUUAGAGCGAAACUGCAAAAUUGUGUGUUUUCUCAGCUGUGACUAAGGUUGGUGGGGGUUUGGGCCUUUGCAGCAACGUAACUUUUGUAUAGAACCAUGUUUCUGAGAAACAAGGUGGAGUUCAGGUAUUUCGGAAAUGACUUGUGUAAGUGUGUGAUUGCAUGAGGAAUGCAAACCCCUUCCCCCC